UAGUACAGUUUAGCGAGAGCGCGUAUGUUUUGGAUUAGGCCAACCGGCUAACUCAAACAUAUCCAGGUUAGGUUGAACCAGCUUCGUAGUAUAGGCCCCAGAUGUCCAUUGAGCAGCUAUUUCUAGGGCUGCCAAAAAAAAGCUUGCCUCUAUAGACAGACUGACAGCAAUAAGAUUCGGCAGCUGCGUCGCAAAAGGUUAAGGGAGGAAAAGACCAAACUCUAAGAGGCAAUACGACAGUACAACACCGGACAGCCUCCUGAAGGAGAAAUCCAGGAAGAAGAGGUGGAGAGAAGACUGUCUGCAGAACAGCAAACAACAGACAGUCUAAUAUGGCCAUGGGAAGUGCAAAGUGAUGAAUCGGUGUCCAUUUUGGCCCAAAAAAAAGUCUUCGAUGCCUACAUGGGCAAAAGGAGACUUGUGCAGGAGAGGGCCAUACUUGUGAGGGAGAUGAGGCAGCACUGCUUUUAUCUGAGAAGUCAGGCUGACAAGAUCAGGAUGCAGAUGCAACAUGUGUCAUGUGGAGGACAUAGUGAGACACAGCCGGAGAAGGAGCACUGAGAGCAGCAUGGAGGAGAACAAAAAGACCCCUGGAGCUCAGAAACCGAAAGGAAGAGAGAGACGUCACAGCUGUCAGCAAUGUGAUAAAUCCUUUAAAACAUCUGGAGAUUUAAAGCUCCACCUGUGUAUUCACACUGGAGAAAAACCGUACAGCUGUGAAGAGUGUGGGAAAACGUCCGCUACAUUAGGUAAUCUACAAGCACAUCAACGUAUUCACACAGGAGAGAAACCAUACAGCUGUGAAGAGUGUGGGCAAACGUUCACGGCAUCCGGUAAUCUCCAAACACAUCAACGUAUUCACACUGGAGAGAAACCGUACAGCUGUGAAGAGUGUGGGAAAACGGCCGCUACAUUAGGUAAUCUACAAGCACAUCAACGUAUUCACACAGGAGAGAAACCAUACAGCUGUGAAGAGUGUGGGCAAACGUUCACGGCAUCCGGUAAUCUCCAAACACAUCAACGUAUUCACACUGGAGAGAAACCGUACAGCUGUGAAGAGUGUGGGAAAACAUUCAAUCAAUCAGGUGCUCUCCAAUCACAUCAACGUGUUCACACUGGAGAAAAACCAUACAGCUGUGAAGAGUGUGGGAAAACGUUCACUCAAUCAGGUGCUCUCAAAUCACAUCAACGUAUUCACACAGGAGAAAAACCAUACAGCUGUGAAGAGUGUGGGAAAACAUUCAAGAAAUCAGAUCAUCUCAAAACGCAUCAUCGUGGUCACAAUGUAGAAAAACCGUACACCUGUGAAGAGUGUGGGAAACAUUUUUCUCACUCAAGUGAUCUCAAAACACAUCAUCGCAUUCACAUGGCAGAGAAAUCGUACAGCUGUGAAGAGUGCGGGAAAACGUUCACUACAUUAGGUGCUGUCAAAGCACAUCAACGUAUUCACACAGGAGAGAAACCAUACAGCUGUGAAGAGUGUGGGCAAACGUUCACGACAUCAGGUAAUCUCCAAACACAUCAACGUAUUCACACUGGAGAGAAACCGUUCAGCUGUGAAGUGUGUGGGAAAACAUUCACUCAGUCAGGUGCUCUCCAAACACAUCAACGUAUUCACACUGGAGAGAAACCGUACAGCUGUGAAGAGUGUGGGCUAACGUUCACGACAUCAGGUGGUCUCAUAACACAUAAACGUGUUCACACAGGAGAGAAACCGUAUAGCUGUGAAGAGUGUGGGAGAACGUUCACUCAAUCAGGUGCUCUCAAAACACAUCAACGUAUUCACACUGGAGAGAAACCGUACAGCUGUGAAGAGUGUGGGCUAACGUUCACGACAUCAGGUGCUCUCAAAACACAUCAACGUGUUCACACUGGAGAGAAACCGUACUGGUGUGAAGAGAUGCUGUUUUCUCCCUAACCCAUCAUGUAUUUACCUAAAUCUGACUCAACCGUUUUUUAUGUUCUAACCAGCGUUCACUAGGCGUGUUUAAAUUAAUCGUUUCUACGAUGCAUCGCGACGUGGAUGAUUCUUCAUCGAUGCAGUGACAGAACAUAAUCGAUUAUAGCGUAGUAACGAUGCUUCCUGAUUUUCUGGCCGCUGCUUUACAAUAAAAAAUUUUUUUUAUAUCACUUGAAUAUGAAAUCGGUCGGUGACGCAGAGAUCAAGGAACAGACCCCACAGCGGCACAAUCAGUCCGUGUCGCUGCGGCUCAGACACAAAGGGAUUUGUGUUUUUUUUUUUAAAUACUCGCCUUACAAUCAUGUCAGGUUUUUGGUGGAUUUAAUUAAGUCUUGGAUUUCAGAGUAUGAAUGUGCUAUUUUCAGGCAAUAAAUAUGUGUGUAAGUUUGUGAAGGCAGGAGGAAAAAGCUUCCGUCUCCUCUCUGCAGCUCCGAACCCCUCCCCCUCCCUGAAAAUAAUGAGUGACAGGCUGAUAGUAACCUGAUAGAAACUUUAUUAUUCACUUAAUCAUUGAUUGAGAUAUGAUGAGGCUAACUUAAUCUCAUACAUUCAUGGGAUUUAUGUAACAGUAAGACAGAGAAUGUAAGUUUGGACCCACAUGCAGUAUUUUUGUUUUUAUAUGCUGUUGUAAAUACUCCUGUUGUCUGCUGUGUUCAGACUCAAGUCAUGUUUGUGAUGCCACAUUCAGUGUCCUUUUUUAAACAGAAGACCGUUGCUAGAAGCUGCAGCUAGACUGCAGAAGCAUUUGUUUUUUGUUUUUGAGGAUGGAACAACACAGAUAUAGGUAGGCUAUACCUAUAGAAUUGGUUUACUUUGGUUUAUAAAUUAAAGGUGGGGUAGGUCAUUUUGGAGAAACCAGCUUGAGUGCGCUAGAAUUUGAAAAUACACAACCGGAAAAAAUCUGCCACUUCCUUACAGAGCCCCUCCUCCAACACACACAAACGCGCACAAGAUAAGUUUUUUCACAGAUGGAAAGCUGACAGGCAGGUAGGCCAUCCAGUUAUUUUAGCCGGGCCGGCUAUGGGGAUGUUAAGAGCAUUCCAUGGAAUAUAACAAAAAGUGUAUCUCGAGCCGGUUUCUCAAACUUACCUAACCCACCUUUAAUGUCAAGACAUUUAUGUUAUUGAUUUCUGAAGCACUUUCUAAAUGAUAAAAAAGAGACUUCAUAUGUAUUUAGUGCAUGUAUGCAUUGAUGAAAAAGAAGCCAUGUGCAGUAAUAUAGACAAUUGAGGGUGCAACGUAUUGGUAUGAAUCAUGAUACAUCGAGGAUAAUCGUAAUCGAAUCGUGAAACCAGUGAAGAUGCACAGCCCUAGCGUUCACACUAUGCCAAAAGAAGGCCACAGAGAUGCUGUUUCUCCCGAUGUAAUUCAAAUCAUUGUUCUACUAUGCUAUGUUUCAACCAUGGUUUUCUAAUAGUCUUGUUAUUCCUUUUAUAAAAUAUCAUAUGUCCAGGGUUUAAUUGCUAGCCUUGUUAAGCUGCAUUGAAGGAAUUUAGUUUCAAUGUUCAUUAAUAUGCCGAUUAGUUUCUCGAAUAAUCUGUUUGGUUCAUAAAAUGUUGUGACUUUAAACUUUGAUUGGGAUGUUUUGAUAGUUCCUGUUGAGUUGGCAGUCAGUUCUGGUUUAAAAAAAUAACCAAUGAUGAAUGUAUCUAGAAAAUAUUCAUGAUGUUUUCAGUUUGAUUCUGUUCUCUUUGUUUAAAUUAUCAGAAUGUACCAAAAAUAAAAAAGGCCUUAGAGACAGACUCA